GCUACAACUGCCAAGUUGCCACUGUUGCUGUGUGUGUGUGUGUGUGAGUGUGUGUGUGUCUGUCUUAUGACAGGGAUGAUGACACCUCCUCUGAUCUGUUCUAUCUGUGUGUGUGUGUGUGUGUGUGUGUGUGUGUGUGUGUGAUGACAGGGAUGAUGACACCUCCUCUGAUCUGUUCUAUCUGUGUGUGUGUGUGUGUGUGUGUGUGUGUGUGUGUGUGUGUGUGUGUGUGUGUGUGUGUGUGUGUGAUGACAGGGAUGAUGACACCUCCUCUGAUCUGUUCUAUCUGUGUGUGUGUGUGUGUGUGUGUGUGUGUGUGUGUGUGUGUGUGUGUGUGUGUGUGUGUGAUGACAGGGAUGAUGACACCUCCUCUGAUCUGUUCUAUCUGUGUGUGUGUGUGUGUGUGUGUGUGUGUGUGUGUGUGUGAUGACAGGGAUGAUGACACCUCCUCUGAUCUGUUCUAUCUGUGUGUGUGUGAUGACAGGGAUGAUGACACCUCCUCUGAUCUGUUCUAUCUGUGUGUGUGUGUGUGUGUGUGUGUGUGUGAUGACAGGGAUGAUGACACCUCCUCUGAUCUGUUCUAUCUGUGUGUGUGUGUGUGUGUGUGUGUGAUGGCAGGGAUGAUGACACCUCCUCUGAUCUGUUCUAUCUGUGUGUGUGUGUGUGUGUGUGUGUGUGUGAUGACAGGGAUGAUGACACCUCCUCUGAUCUGUUCUAUCUGUGUGUGUGUGUGUGUGUGUGUGUGUGUGUGUGUGUGUGUGUGUGUGUGUGUGUGUAGUAUGACAGUACAGGCUGCAGUACAGAGGUCUCUGUCCUCCCAUCGUCUGUCUGUCAGGAGCACACUGGAUGAGGAGUUGGACAGGGCAGAGAUCACCCUGAGCAGUAUGACAGUACAGAGGUCUCUGUCCUCCCAUCGUCUGUCUGUCAGGAGCACACUGGAUGAGGAGUUGGACAGGGCAGAGAUCACCCUGAGCAGGGAUGAUGACACCUCCUCUGAGUUGCAGCGUGUUGCUGCUCUUGAGCUUCCAGAUACUGUGUCCCACAACUCCUUCAGAGGCAGGGGAGCAUUGUCCCGGUUGGUCACUCUCGUGGUCACUCUGAGGGAAUGGGCCCACCGGAGCCUCGUAGAUGAGGAGCAGCGUCCCGAUUCCUUCCUACAGCGUUUCCGUGGGCCUGAGUUCAACAUUCCUCCCACUCAGGAGACAGACAACCAACCAGAUACCAGCAAAGCCAACUUAAAGGAAACCUUCAAGGAGAAGUGGGAGGGGCUUAUCAUUUCCCAGUCUGAUGAUGUGUAUUAUUACUGGUUGUUCUUCAUUGCUAUGGCUGUGCUCUAUAACUGGGUCCUGCUGGUUGCCAGAGCAUGUUUCGAUGAGCUACAAACUGACAACUUUGUACUUUGGCUGAUACUGGAUUAUAUGUGUGACCUCAUUUACAUAUUAGACAGCUGUGUCAGACUGAGAACGGGAUUCCUGGAACAAGGACUGCUAGUGAAGGACUUGGUCAAACUCCGAGAUAACUACAUUCGAACCUUCCAGUUCAAACUGGACAUUGUGUCCAUCGUGCCCACGGACCUGGUCUACACGGUGACGGGGGUGAACACUCCUCAGCUCCGCUUCAACCGCCUUCUUCGCUUCUCACGCAUGUUCGAGUUCUUCGACCGCACGGAGACACGCACCAACUACCCCAACGUCUUCCGCAUCUGCAACCUGGUUGUGUACAUCCUGGUCAUCAUCCACUGGAAUGCUUGCACCUACUAUGCCAUCUCCAAGUCGCUUGGACUCGGAUCAGAUCAGUGGGUGUAUCCCAACGUUACUGAGACCGAGUUUGGCUUACUGACGCACUGCUACGUGUACUGUUUCUACUGGUCCACGCUGACACUAACCACUAUUGGAGAAAUGCCACCUCCUGUGAGGGAUGAGGAGUUUGUCUUUGUUGUUUUUGACUUCCUGAUCGGUGUGCUGAUCUUUGCCACCAUUGUUGGUAAUGUGGGCUCGAUGAUCUCCAACAUGAACGCCACCCGUGCGGAGUUCCAGGCUCGUAUUGAUGCUGUUAAACACUACAUGCACUUUCGCAAGGUGAGUCGAAACCUUGAGACGCGCGUUAUCAAGUGGUUCGACUACCUCUGGACCAAUGAGAAAGCUGUGGACGAACAGGAGGUACUGAAGAACCUUCCAGAUAAGCUGCGUGCAGAAAUCGCUAUCAACGUCCAUCUGAACACCCUGAAGAAAGUUCGCAUCUUUCAGGACUGCGAAGCCGGUCUGCUGGUAGAGCUGGUUCUGAAACUGCGCCCCCAGGUGUACAGCCCUGGUGACUACAUCUGCAAGAAGGGUGACAUUGGGAAGGAGAUGUACAUCAUUAAGGAAGGGAUACUGGCAGUGGUGGCAGAUGAUGGUGUGACCCAGUUUGCCCUGCUGACCGCUGGCAGCUGCUUUGGUGAAAUCAGCAUUCUGAACAUCCAGGGCAGCAAGAUGGGCAACCGCCGCACGGCUAACAUUCGUAGCAUCGGGUACUCUGACCUCUUCUGCCUCUCCAAAGACGACCUCAUGGUAGCCGUGACGGAGUACCCCGACGCUCAGAAGGUUCUGGAAGACCGCGGGAGGGAGAUUCUGAAGAAGCAGGGUCUCCUGGACGAAAGUGCAGCGGCAGGGGGCCUGGGUGUCAUGGAUAUGGAGGAGAAGGUGGCGCGGUUGGACACGUCUUUGGACCUCCUACAGACGCGAUUCUCACGGUUGCUAGGGGAGUUCACGACAACACAGCGCCGGUUGAAGCAGCGAAUCACGGCGCUGGAGAGGCAACUGUGUCACACAGGGUUAGGACUGCUGUCUGACACAGACGGAGAUGCUGACAUGCACAUACACACAGGCUGACACACACACACACACACACACAAAGGGGAAUUGGCUGAAAACAGAACCAAUAUAUACAUACAAACACAUACACACACACACACACACCUCAAAAAGCAAGGUGUCACAUAACCCAAUAAUUCAUAAAAACGUGUGUAGAUUCAUAAUAAAGCAUUCUCAAAGCAUACAGUGCCUGUUUUCUCUUGAGCUCAUUUGAAAGGUAAACACUGCGGUGUCCACAGCUGUGUUGACGCA